GGAACAAAAGCGCCACAGUAUGUCCCGGGUAAUAUCGAUAAACUCGCCAGUAUGCAUCCCGAUAAUUACUGGCAAUUUCAUGCGGAAAGCAACACCGGAAUGAUAAAUUAUAUUAACGUUCAAUAUCCACUUCAAUUGAUCAAUGUCGAUGUGCGAGAUCAGGGUCCUAUCACUGGAAUGACUUUGUCCCCAGAUGGAACAAUGCUCGUAACAUUUUGUAAUGUAGGGGCUGCAAGAAUUUGGGAUACAAGAGAGUUCAAAUUGAUUCAAAAAUUAAGGGACACCGAGGAAAAGAAUAUAGAUGAAUUUUUCGUCGGGAAAUUCAUUCACGACCAAACGCGUCUUGUUGUUGGUGGCAAAUUGAAAGAUCGGAACCGAUGGUCUGAGGAAGAUGACGAUAAUCACAUUUUACCGUGUCCUUUAAAGAUUUUUGAUACCAUCUCUGGAAAAGUUAUCGUAAGACUUGAAGGACAUUCCGAAGAAGUUUUAUGUAUAAAGAAUAUUUUGUAUAAGGGAGAACCCUAUUUUCUAACUACCAGUCAGGAUGGUUAUAUUAUCAAAUGGAAAUUACAAGAUGAUUGGACAACUCUCAUCAAUAAAACGCGAAUGGAAGACGGUAUUACGUGCAUGGCAUUCACUGUUUCAUUUGUUCCAAAUACUGGAAACAGAUAUUUUAUGGCUGCAACAGAUGAACAUGUUCGAUUGUAUGAUUUUGAUGCAGCACAGCUUGUACAAACAUUUUCCGGAAAUAUGUAUUCCCAAUAUUGUGACUGCGCCAAAUUUAUAUAUCCCGUUGAACCGUUGGAAGAAGAUUCAGAUUAUAACGAUAACGUACAAGAAAGUAGCAGUAAAGCUACAAAGAAACCAUUGAAACCAAAAUUUGCUUAUCUUAUUACGCGUGGUGUAGAAAUUUUGGACGCAGAAGGUGGUAAAAUAGCAUCAAGAGUUAACGUUUGUAUUUUACACAAGUUAAUUUUUCCAACGAAAAAGGGUGGAUCGUUUACACUUGAAGAAAUAAGAAGAUAUUAUCACAAAGAUUAUCAUUCUAAUUCAUGGCUCAUAAAGAUAUCUUCAAAUGGACGAUAUAUUGCUGCACCGACUAUGGAUGGUGGAGUAUUUAUAUUCAAUUUAAGAACUGGACAAGUUACAAGUAUAUUAAGAGAUUAUGAUGACUUGGAAGUGAGAGAUGUAAUUUUUCACCCAUGGAAACCAUUAUUAUUUACUUGUGCAGAUGAUGGUUGUGUUAAAAUAUACACAUAUAGUUUUCUUGAAAAUAAUGAAUCCAAAGACGUCGAAAUUGAAAAGGAAGAUUAA